AUGUUCACCGAACAGGCAGUCGUACAUGCAUCCCAAUCACUUACAUCUCUGACAUUAAAUACCAAUACCACACAAUCACCCAAUCAAAAUCUCACUCACCAAAGUCAAUAUCAGCCACCAAAACAACAGCAACAAGACAAAUAUAACUUUCAUUACUCUCAUCAUCACCAUCAUUCUCCUCAUCACUCUUCAUCCUCUCAGAAAAAUGCUCAGCAGCAACAUCAUCAACAGCACAAUCACAACUAUCGACGGCAAAACAAGCAAGUACAUACUCUACCCUCAUCUCUACCCACUUCUAUGGAAUCAUCAAUUUCGCGUCGAAAUUCCAUUAUAGAACAUUGUUCCUGUGGUCUUACAUUUAAAAUUGAUAAAAAUACAAAUAACAUUAUAACAUCAUCCACCUCUCUUCUAACGCUCAACACCAUAUACAAUGAGAAUCCAACAUUGAUUGACCAAACAAACAACCAAGGGUCCCUAACACAAUCGCAAAAUAUAUUGCAGGAUGCAAAACACCAUCAGCAUCAUCGUCAACACCAACCACAGCAACAACAUCAGUACAUUAAUAAAUAUAUCAAUAAUCACCAUCAUCAACAUCAUGCGCACCACUGUCACCAUCAGCAAACUACAUCGUCAGGCGGAACAGCAGCAACUGCGACCGCUCCUGUAACAAUACCACGUUACAAACCAUCCGAACCACCGGAAAUUCACACUCAUGAGUACUUCUCACAAGAAUCUCAAUCCCAAGAUCACACCACAACAAUCACAAAUACAACUGCAUCAUCCGCAUCAAUUAAUGCUUUUGCAUCCACACCACACUCACAUGGUUGUCGUCAUUCACACGUUCAUGCACAAACCGAUUUCUCAUAUGGCCAGCGAUGACAUGCUUAAGGAAUUAAACGUCUGUCUUCAAAAAACAAUAGCAAAUAAGAAGAUAUACACUUAUGAUUGUACGUAAGUAAAGGUAUAAACCUAGAUAUAAAAAGAAUAAUCUUUCUAAAUACAUAUAGUACAUCUAAAAUAUCUAAACUCAAUUGAACUAUUAAACAAAAAACAAAAUACAACAGGAUAAUAUAUAAUCAUAAAAAGUAGGAAACGUUCUAAAAAAAAAAUAGUAUAUUGCCAUUCUAUUGAUAAAGUUUACAAGUCAAAGCUCGAGCUGAUUCCUCCUAUAAUAAAAGUUUAUGGAAUUUAUAUACAUAUUUUGUAUCUAUGGAUUGGAUGGAAGUUAUUGAAACUAAAUACUUUAAAAUGCUGCAUUCAAAAUUACAACAUUUUUCUACAGACUAUAAACAUAUUGAAAACACUCUGAAGAAAGAACACAAUAAACCAAACGAUAUUAUAACGAUAUGUGAUAAUCGUUCUCGAAUCAUUAACGAUAGUAUUUACGGACUAAAGUGUAGUAGCUUUCCUUACGAUAUAAUUUUUCCAUGAAUUAUGAUAUCUUUUUCGCUUAUAAUUUCCAAAAAUAUCGAUAGUAUCUCCAUGCUAUAGAUUUUAUUCUGUAUUCUAUAGAAAUUAUUUCGAUAAAAUAAUCCGAAAUCCUGAAAGAAAAGAAAAUUUAACAAAUGUUCGCGUAUUUAUUCAAUGAAAUUAAAUUUGAUUUUAUUCAGCUUUCGUAUGUUGUUUGAAAAGUUUGCUUGCUAGUUUUACUAUUUUCCAAUAUUUUGUUUACAUUUCCAAAGCUAGUAAAAACUAGCAUGUAAUAGAACAGACUGUUAAAUUAUUUUUCUUUUUGAAGUUUUUUAAAAUUUGUAUCUUAUUGUGCAAACGUACUAACUCCACUUUAUAUGAAAAUUGAGAUUUUAAUACAAAACACUAGAAUGUUUACUUAAACAAAGUUUACAAUUAUUUUGUUGUUAUACUCUGGUAUGCUAAAUUCCAUUUUAUUUUGUAAUAAUUGCAAUAUUAUUAUAUCAGCCAAAUGGAAACAAAAACUAAUUUUUAAAAUUUUGUUUUUACUUUCCACAUAAAUAUCACUUUGGUGACGUGAUUUACAAAAUUAGGGCCUAAAACUUCCUCUAAAUCAUAUUUAAUAUGUAACCAAACUACAUUAGCAGAUUAAAAAAAUAUUAAAAAUCAAUUACAUUAGAACGUUUUUUGUGUCUCCUACAAAAAUUGUGAAAAGGGAUUUAUCACUUUUGCAUACUAAGCUAACGAAAUGUUUAUGCUUCCUUUAUUUAUUUUAUUGGAAGCAAAAUAUUUGCUGUGCAUUAUAAGAUGUACAUACCAAGCCCAUAUCGUAUAUGGCUCAUAUUGUAUCAAUCACAUAUAAUUUAUCCUAGGAUAUCUCAAAAACGGAUAUAUUUAUUUUCUUUUUUAUAAUUAUUGUAUGAAAAUUACAAGUUGGGAUUCCAAUGGGUUCUAAAGUUAUGGUAGUUUUUUAACCAUAAUCUUUUCUUAAAAUAUAGAUAUGUAAUGUACUUUUAAUUAAAUUAAAUAUUUUUAAAAAUAAAACUAAGUCCAAAUUUUGUAUAACUGAAUGACGCGUUCCAAAGUUAUUCGAUCCUAAACAUUUAUAUUUUUUUACAAUUGUCCGAGAUCUCCAACCUUAGAUGGCUAUAAACUAUAUACGAUAUGGGUUUGGUUAAUUCGUCCUAUAAUGAGCAUUUAAAAGUAGAAAACUUGAUUUGAAUUUUAACAUAAUCAAGCGAGUGAAAAAUUUAAAACUUCAAUUUUGGUUUGAUAUAUUUUCAUAUUACCCUAUGAUAACAAAAUAUGAUAUCAUAAUCGCCCCCAUAAGGUAAAAUCGUUUUUCUAUCAUAUCGUACUCUGGUUUAUUAUGAAAGCGCUAUUGCUUUUUCCACAAUUUACCGAAAUUUUAAAUACAUUUUUAGAACUUCCAUUAGCACAAAUAUUAAUUAAAAUGCUAAUUAUAUACAUAUGUCUCUAAAGUUGUAUAUUUUUUAAUAAAAAAAUUAAGAAUAAACUCAAUUCGCAAAAGUAUUGAAGGUAUUCACGUCACUGUUUUUUACAAUAUUUUACAAAUAUUUCAUUCAGUUGCUUGAUGUUGUUGCCGAUAAUUUAUUUAAUUUAUACAUGCACAAAAUUAAAUGCCUCUAUGUAUUUUCCUACCAAGGGUUAUAAUUAUUGUUUUAAGUCCAUUAAAGUAUAAACAUCCCAAAUAUGUAUAUGCCAAUUAUUUUUUAAGCUCGAUAAAAAAAAACUUUGUUACAAAAUAUAUAAACAUGCAUUAGUUAUGUAUAUUAUUUUCCUAUUAUGCCAACGAUUACAAAAUAUUCCAAAUCAAGUCAUAGUCUUCGCAAAAAGUCUUCACAAACAUGCGUAUAUUAAGAAAUUUUACAGAAAAAAAGUUAAGUAAAAAAAAAUACAUAAUAUUUAUACUUUGGAAUUGUAACUAAAAUUUAAAAAGUUACUAAAAAAACAAAUAAUAGACAUAAAUUUAAUUAACAAAUUAUUAAGAAAACCACAGUUUAAUCAAAAAGUUUCUAUUCCUAACUCAAGAAAAAUUGUCAACAACAAAAUAUAAUCCAAUCAAUAAUUAAGUAUCAAAAUAUUGAAAAAUAUAAUCGAAAGUUGUGAAAUUCGUAUUGAAGAAAUAAAUCUAAAUCAAAAAAAGUCUUUAAAAACGAAAAUAUUAUAACACCACAAUUUUUUAUAUAAAAAUUUAAGUAGUUUACAUAAAAAUUAUAUAUAGAAUUAAAAAUCGAAAUAUUGUGCAAUGCAGGCAUUACUUUAUAAUCAUAAAACUCAUGUUAAAAUAGUUUAAACAAAAUUUUGUAUUAUUCGUACAUGAAUUUAAAAUUAUGUAUUGCUAAUAAAAAUAAAAACUAACGAACUUUUUUUUAUAUAUUUUAUUUUAGUAGAAGAAAACCAAACAAAAAAAUGUAAAUUUUUUUUAUACCAUAAUAUUAAUUUGUUUCUUUAUAACUAUUUUAGAUUUGAUAAAAUACAUACAUAUGAAAAUACCCUAUGUUAAACAUUUUAUUUAAAAACUUACAUUCUAAUAUCCAAUAUAUAUUGAUAUCCCACUAGUCAGUCAAAUAUAUUUGAAAAAUUAAGUGAAAAAUAACAACACAAAAAAAUGCAUAAUUCCAAAUAUCAUAGUUUUUACUUUUAAUUGCAAUAAAAAAAUAUUACCUUAAAUAAUUUUAAACAAUGAAAUUCACAUAUAUUAAACCUAUAGUAAUAUGCAUAUUAAUAUAUACAUAUAUAAAUAAAUUAAAAUGAAAAGUGUUCAUAA